GCUGCGCCUCGUGUGUGAGAGCUUGGGCGCCGCCCGCGGUGGAACGGCCGAGCGCUUCAGCUGUGCGGCUCCUCACAGCAUAAAAGAAGGAGACAGCAGAUACUGAAUUGAACUGGAGCAUUGUGUCGUCGCGGAAACUUGGAGAGGGAUCAGCUUUGCUGCUGUAGCCUUUGCUUUGCGCCCACGGGAGUUAGGCGGUUGCUUUGGUUGGUCAGAAAUGGCUAGCGGUGGUAGCUGGUUUAAGAGUAUUGGAGAACCUGACUCUGUCCCCACACAAAAGACGACUUUGCCAGCUUGGGUUCCUAAGCGGCCGCCUUCAAGGAAGUCACAGGCUACGAUUGUAAGGUCAAAACUUCCACGUCCUAAGAGCUGGAGCGCACAAAAAUUGGCACAAAUUCCAGCAGUUCCUUCAGAGAAAGACCUAGCAGAGUUCAUCGCAAGAUAUAAACAGGGAACAAUAAACCCAGUGUCUGCCUUAUAUCAGUUUGCACAAAUGCACCAGGCACAACUUGAGUUUAAAGAAACUAACGUGGCAGGAAAUAUCAUAAGGCCUUAUUUUGCCCUCUGUGCUGUGAUAAAUGGGAUUUCCUACAAGGCUGGACGGGGAACAAAUAAGAAGGAAUCUAAAUUAAAUGCAGCUAAACUGGCUCUUAAUGAGCUGCUUAACCUGGAGCAGUCUGAAGAGUCAGGUCCUUCUGGUAUUCCUGCUGAGCCCCAGACACAGACGGCACGUGUUUCAAGACUCAGUUUUGGUGGCGAGUAUGAGGUCGUAGCCCUAGGAACAGGAGAGUGUAAUUACAGUCGGUACUUAAAGUCUUGUGGGAGAGUGGUGCUUGACAGCCAUGCCGUUGUUGCUGCAAGGCGUUCUCUGCUCAGGUAUUUCUACAGACAUCUUUUGCUGUUCUAUGAUGAGAAUGCAGCAAGCACAGCGAAAUCUGUAUUUUGCGCAGCUCCAGACUCAAAGCUGCUUACCCUAAAACAGAACACAACUGUCUUUCUCUACAUGAAUCAGCUUCCCAAAGGAACUGCUCAGUUAAAAUCAGAGCUACAUCUCAAACCACAAUCUCUGUCUGCCUAUGAAACUAAUGAAGAUCUGAGCCUUCAUGUUGUCAUAGAGGGCAAGAUUUACCUAGCUGCAUGCUGUCCACAUAAAACUCUUAAAGUGACCAGUAUGUCAGCUAGUGACAAAUUAACUAAGUGGCAAGUGGUUGGAGUUCAGGGAGCGUUACUGAGUCACUUCAUUGAACCAGUGUACAUCAGCAGUAUUCUUGUAGGAAAUGGAAAUUGCAAGAAUACAAAAGGGCUAGAAAUAGCUGUAAACCAGCGUGUUGAUGAUGCACUUCUGUCAGAGCUUCCCGUGCCUUACCUUGUCAACAGAUCUCACAUUCACUUGGUGAAUGCUGCAUACCCAAUUCAGACAGAAUUUCAGUGGGAGUCUCUUAGUUUGAACUGGUCUUUGUCAGAUUCGUCACUGGAGGUUGUGGAUGGGCUGAGUGGAAAAACCACAGAAAGUUCACCAUUCAAAACUGGCACUUCCAUGGCAAGUCGCCUUUGCAAGGCAGCAAUGUUCAGUCGUUGCAGAGCGCUUGCUAAGGAAGCAGAGCGGAAUGACUUGCUUCAAGUUGCAACAUACUAUGAAGCCAAGAUGCAAUCCAAACUGUACCAAAAAGCUAAAAACUUACUGCAAAGCUUCUUGGAGCAACGUAAUUAUGGAUCCUGGAUUGUGAAGUUGCCAUGUUUUGAGCAGUUCAAUGACUGAGAGGUGGACUGUGUAUCAUGUCAGUUCAGAUAAUUUCUAUAGUUCUGGUUAAUAAAAUGUUUAAUUGUAGGGUUCACGUUUUCAGCAAGAAAAGCAUCCCAGAGCUGCUGCUGUUUGAGUGCAGUUGUUGAACCAUCUGUAGCACUUUAGUCUUGUCCAAAAAGUUGGUGCUUCCUUUGGAGUACCCUGCAGACUUGCAAAUCCCUUAUGUCAGUUGAUUUCUGCUUCUUUGUUCCCUGCCCUUCCCCUCGCUCCAAUGGAUUUAAUAAUGUUGCAUUGUUUGUUGUUGUAGGAUUACAGUGUGGUGGUUUUUUUUGUUUCUUCUGCCCUUUUCACAACUGUCUUUUUUUUAAAAAAAAGGGCAGAUAUUUUCUGAGAGGAGUAUCAAUGUAAGAUUCAGGAACAAAAGUAGGCAACUUGUGCUCUUACAUAGGCAACUUCUCCAAGUCAUUAAGACUUCAGCCUGAGUUUGCUGAGUGGCUUUUAUUUUACUGUGUAGAGGGGUUAAAAAUCAAUCUCUUCUUUUCCAGAUGUGAAACUUUGAAUUACCAAGCUGUUACUCAGCUGUUUUGUGACAAUCAGUGGUUUUUGUAGUGAGACUUGACACUUUUAAGAUGCUUUAAGUAAUAGAGUAGUGUGAUGUUGUACAGAAGCUCAAGGUGCCUUCAGCUUUUGUGGGCCACCCCAAGCCCCUCAUCUGUUAGUGCUUGCAGAUUAGUUGGACUCUUUACGCCCACAUACUGCUUUAUCACCCUACUGACGAGUCCUCCCAAAAUUGUCUGUGUAAUCUGCAUGUCAAGAGGGAAGUUGCUUUAAGUUUUGAUAAUAAUAUGCUGAAGUGAUGAUAUGGUUUUGAAUGAUGUUAAGUACCAUACUUGUGUGCUGUUGUGGAACACAAGUGUAUUUCAGCCACUUCCAUCCUGUUCCUUGUGUUUUGUAUACCGCGCAAUGUAGGAAGCUGUUCCAUCACAUUUACAUUACAGCACUACAUUAUAAGCACUGUUUAUGUUAACGUUUCAGCUAUUUCUUACAAGAGCAAAAACUUCCUUCUGGUGCGCUGUUUGUCCUUUAAUUUGUUUUUCUAACUAGUACAGGGAGCUGAUCUUAGGCUGAUUUUCAAAUGGUGAAACUCCCUAAUGUGUUGUCAUGGACAUAUUCUUUCUAUUCUGCUGUUUUCUGUUACCAUCUUUUAACUCCUGGAGGUGGGAGUGGUGGUGUUGGGUUGUCAUCUUGUGGCACAUAGUCCGCAUAAUUUGUUCCCUAUAGUGUUUGCUUUCUGAGAAUGCUCAAGAAUGGCCAUCCUCUUCUAGGCUAGAGCAUGACGUUGCCUUUUCAGAGGUAUUAAAACAAAAAUAAAAUUCCUUGAUGCUAUA